UCUAUGGUCUUUUGGUCCUCCUUAUGUGAUCUCUAUGGGCCCUCCAUGGGUCCUCUCUAUGAUCCUCUCUAUGGUCUUUUGGUCCUCCCCGUGGGUCCUCCUCUCUUUAAGGUGGUCCUCCCUAUGGUCUUUCUCCGGAGACUCUAUGGUUUCUAUGGGCUCCUCCCCAUGGCUCCUCUCUAUGAUCCCUUAUGCUCCCUAUGGGUUUUCUCUGUGGGCCUCUCUAUGGUCCUUUCUGUGGGAUCUCUCUGUGGUCGUCUCUAUGGUUUCUAUGGGUCCUCCCUGGGGGUCCUCCAUGGGCUCUUUCUCGAGGGACUCUAUGGUUUCUGUGGGGUCCUCCCCAUGGCUCCUCUCUAUGGUCCGUGUGGGUCAUCCCUAUGGUCUUUCUCCGGGGACUCUAUGGUUUCUAUGGGCUCUUCCCCAUGGCUCCUCUCUAUGAUCCCUUAUGCUCCCUAUGGGUCUUCUCUGUGGGCCUCUCUAUGGUCCUUUCUAUGGGAUGUCUCUAUGAUCCUCUCUAUGGUUUCUAUGGGUCCUCCCUGUGGGUCCUCCACGGGCUCUUUCUCGAGGGACUCUAUGGUUUCUAUGGGGUCCUCCCCGUGGGUCCUCCCUAUGAUCUUUCUAUGGGGACUCUGUCGUUUCUGUGGGCUCCUCUCUAUGGUUUCUGUGGGUCUUUUUCUGUGGGUCCUCUCUCUGGCCUUUCUGUGGGGACUCUCCUCUCUAUGGGUCUCUCUGUGGUUUCUUUGGCUCCUCUCUAUGGUUUCUGUCUGUGCUGCUCCCUGUGGCUCCUCUCUAUGGUUGCUGUGGGUCCUCUUUAUGGCCUUACUCUGGGGACUCUAUGGUUUCUAUUGGGUCCUCCGUGUGGUUCCUGUCUCUGGGGACUCUAUGGUUUUUUAUGGGGGUCCUCCCUGUGGCUCCUCUCUAUGGUCCCUGUGCAUCUUCUCUAUGGCCUUUCUCUGGGGACUCUAUGGUUUCUAUUGGGUCCUCCAUGUGGCUCCUCUCUCUGACGUUUCUCUGGGGACUCUAUGGUUUCUAUGGGAUUCUUUCUAUGGCUUCUAUGGGUCCUCCCUAUGGGUCCUUUCUGGCCUUUCUCUGCGGACUCUAUGGUUUUCAUGGAGGUCCUCCUUGUGGAUCCUCUCUAUGAUCCUCUGUGGUCCCUGUGGGUUCUCUCUAUGGGUUUCUCUGUGGUUUCUUUGGGUCCUCUCUAUGGUUUCUGUCUAUGGUCCUCCCUGUGGCUCCUCUCUAUGGUCGCUGUGCAUCCUCUCUAUGGCCUUUCUCUGGGGACUCUAUGGUUUUCUGGGGCUCCUCACUAUGGGUCCUUCCUCUGGGGACUCUGUUUUUUUCUGGGGGUCCUCCCAGUAGCUCCUCUCUAUGGUCCAUGUGGGUUCUCUCUAUCACAUCUCUCUGGGGACUCUAUGGUUUCUGUGUGGUUCUCUCUCUGGUUUUCUCUGUGGUUUCUAUUGAGUCCUCCCUCUGGGUUCUCUCUGGUCUUUCUCUGGGGACUCUAUGGUUUUCAUGGGGGUCCUCCCAGUGGCUCCUCUCUCUGAUCCCCGUGGGUUCUCUCUAUCACAUUUCUCUGGGGACUCUAUGGUUUCUAUGGGGUUCUCUCUAUGGCUUCUAUGGGUCCUCCGUAUGUGUCCUCUCUGGCCUCUCUCUACAGACUCUAUGGUUUUUCUGGGGGUCUUCCCUAUGGGUCCUCUCUGGCCUUUCUCUACAGACUCUAUGGUUUUUCUGGGGGGUCCUCCCUGCGGCUCCUCUCUAUGGUCCCUGUGGUCCUCCCUGUGGCCUUUCUAUGGGGACUCUAUGGUUUUUCUGGGGGUCCUCCCUAUGGGUCCUCUCUGGCCUCUCUCUACAGACUCUAUGGUUUUUCUGAGGGUCCUCCCUGCGGUUCCUCUCUAUGGGGGUUCUCUCUAUCACAUUUCCAUUGGGACUCUAUGGUUUCUAUGGGGUUCUCUCUAUGGCUUCUAUGGGUCCUCCCUAUGGGUCCUCUCUGGCCUCUCUCUGCAGACUCUAUGGUUUUUCUGGGGGUCUUCCCUAUGGGUCCUCUCUGGCCUUCCUCUGCAGACUCUGUGGUUUUUCUGGGGGUCCUCCCUAUGGGUCCUCUCUGGCCUCUCUCUGCAGACUCUAUGGUUUUUCUGGGGGGUCCUCCCUGUGGCUCCUCUCUAUGGUCCCUGUGGUCCUCCCUGUGGCCUUUCUAUGGGGACUCUAUGGUUUUCUGGGGGUCCUCCCUAUGUGUCCUCUCUGUCCUCUCUCUGCAGACUCUAUGGUUUUUCUGGGGGUCUUCCCUAUGGGUCCUCUCUGUCUUCUCUCUGCAGUCUCUAUGGUUUUUCUGGGGGUCCUCCCUGCGACUCCUCUCUAUGCUCCUCAAUGAUUUCUAUGGGGUUUUCCAAUGCCUCCUCUCUAUGGUCCUCCCGCGCCGUCUCUAUGGUUUCCCGGU